AUGAAAGUGGCGGAUGAUCGCUCCAUUCUGGUGAGGGUAGGCCCAAGUGGACACCAGUGGCGGAAGUAUGUCUUCGAUGCCUGCUUACCCGACGAUCGUUCCCAGAAGCAGGUCUUCCAAGACAGCGGCGUGGUGUACCUGCUAGAUGAGGCCCUGGCGGGCUAUGCCGCCACGGUCUUGGCCUACGGACAGACGGGGAGCGGCAAGACCUACACCAUGAUGGGGCGAUCAGUGUCUGCAGAGCGGAACAAUGCAGACGAGGUCAAGAAGAGCGAUGGCAUGAUCAUGCGCGCCGCGCGGCGGCUCUUUCGUCACAUCGGUGAGAUGUCAAAUGCGCGCGUGACGGUCACCGCGUCCUUCGCAGAAAUUUUCAAUGCCCCCGGAGCGGUCAAUGAGUGCAUUUGCGAUUUGCUCAACCCCGACGCUGGUAAUCUGCAGGUGAGGUUUAGCCAGAAACAUGGCUUCUUCAUCAGCGACCUGGCGGUCAUGGAGUGCACCAGCAUUGCCGAUGUGAGAUCUGUCUUGGAGGCCGGCAUGGCGAACCGCCGGGUCUCCGCGCACGCGCUGAACCGCGAGAGCUCGCGGACGCACGCGCUGUUUGCCUUGCACAUCGACUGCGAGAAAUUUGCGGAGGAUGAUGGUUCCAGCUCACCCACGCGCACCUACGGCAAGGUGACCUUUGUGGACUUAGCUGGAAGUGAACGGUUGAAGGAGAGCCUUUCAGAAGGGAACGCGCGGAAGGAAACCCAGGCGAUCAACAAGUCCCUGUUCACCCUUGGGCAGGUGAUCUCCCAACUCUCCCAAGGACGCCCUGAGAGGCAUGUACCCUACAGGAAUUCCAAGUUGACGCAGCUCCUACAGGACAGCUUCGGAGGGUCAGCGCUAUGUCUCAUGGUCACCUGCAUCUCGCCCCCCUCAGCCUUUGCUGAAGAGACAGUGAACUCUCUGAACUAUGCGCAGAAGGCCAUGAAUAUCCAAAACACGCCCAUCUUGCAGCUGGACGAGCAGCAGCGUGUUCUCUUGGACCUGCGUUCGGAGAAUGCCCAGCUGCGACGUGAGUUGCAGGGCUACAAGCACCGCUUCGGCGCCUUGGAGGGUGGCUAUGCAGAGGACGCAGGCCCCACCCGGGGCGGCCCUACAGCCUCAGUGGAUGUAGGCGAUCUGCGCGCCACGCCUUUUUCGAAGGCUUCCCCAAGGGGCCACAGUUUGCCGCCCGACUUCUCGCCGCAGGCACCUGAGACGUAUCGCCCGCCACUACCCAGUGCCGUGGCCUCUCCCAAUUCUGCCCGCAGUGGAUCACGGGAGGGUUCAGGCAGCGGAGGUAGCUAUGCCUUGGCUGCGGUCAAGAGACAGCAGUUGAAGGCCCCGCAUGGACCGACGAGGUCGACAAAAAGCCAAGGGAAGCAAUUGCCUCCGUUGCCACAGCGAGGCUCCACCAGUGGCUCAGCCCCAGGCGGCGUUCGCGCGGAGGCAGCUCCAAAUGGUUUAACGCCCUGCAGUUGGCCCAGUCGCAGGCCUUCGAAAAGCGCCGCACCCUCCGGACAGAGUGGACAGGGUGCUCGAGAACUGGAGGAGGUGCAGCAAAGCGUGUCAGAGCCCUGUCGUCGCGAGCCGGUGACAGAUGGGCAAACACCCAAGGUCUUCCGUGGCAGCCGCGAGAUCACGGAGGAGAUCUCCGCGCUGACGGUGGAGCAGCUGGACUACCUGGACCGGGCCAAGUGGAGCGAAUGGCAGGUGGACUUUGGACCGCCAGCAGUUCCUCAGCAUUCCGCAAGGGCUGCCAGUGCCACUUCUUCCAGUUCAUCUGAAGGCGAUGUUCAGAGCGAUGGCUCCGAGCCAGAUGGCUCACAGCAGGAGCUUAUGCCGUCGCCGACCGCGCCACCAGAGCCCGUUCGGGCUGCGCGGCACAGCGAGGACAUGUCGCUGGCGGAGCUGAAUCUGAAGCUGGCGUCAAUGGCACGUGGCCUUCAGAGAACUGCUGGAAUGACCUGA